AAGGAAACAAUGAAGAACAUUUAUGAUUAAUUUAUGGUUAGUUUAACAAAAAGCUUAUUAUACAUUUAUAUGGACCAACUAUUUUUCUAAGGAUUCUAAGAAUGAUUAUGGUGAUGACAUGUGGCUACAAAAAUAUGUUGUAAUGCUUCUUCUUUAAUAUAUAGGGGAUAACUGCGAUGAAUGAAGGGUUAAUGAUUAUAAGAGUGUGACUAUUAUACUGAUUUUAAAAUGAUGUUGGCGCAAUAAUGAAAUACUACUAAAUUUCUAGUUAUUUUCUUGUAGAAGUAAAGUAUGUCACCUAACUACGAAUAAGUUGAUGACCAAUGAAAUUUGUAUUGAUGAUGGGUUAACCAAAUCCCAUGAAAACUAAUAAUCUAUUAUGGGGAAAAUUAAUUCAGAUUUGGUUAAAAGUGUCUGAUUUUAGUUAAGACAAGACAUUUGAUAGUGAGUAUAAAAGACUUUUAAGUUUUAAAUUACUUAACCAAUUCUAGUAUCAUCUUUCUGAAGCCUCUUUCAAAUCCUUAAAUUUCUUGUUCUCGAACCCACGUGAAUCUUUUUUUUUUUCUUUUCGUAAGACUGAUUUAACCUGACCUUCACAACUUGGUUAAAUCAAAUGCUAAAGCACAAGUAAUUGUGUAAUUAUUCAAUUUGUAGAUUAUCGAAAUGGUAAUCAAGUUUAUUUUUAAAAUAUUUUUCAGUCACAUUUUACAUGUAAAAUAUGCCCAAUAUAGUUUUUUUAUACUUGUAUACAAUUUGUAAAUCGUAAUUGAUUAUAAAAACUUCUGUCUAAGACAAUGUUCAAAGGAACUGUUGAAUUAUUAAUUCAAUUGUUGAACUCCAUAAUGGACCUGUUGAAAAAAAAACAAAGAAUUUACGUGGAUUCAAAUGAGUUGAACAUUUUUAACAUGUUCAAAAACAAAAUUUGUGUCCACAAAUGCAAUGCUGUGAGUGAGUUUUUUAAUGAAAAAGAAGAGAGAGAAUGGUAUAUUUAAUAUUUUUAUUAUAAUUGUUUAUGAUUAGUUUUUUUAUAGGAGUUUUUUUCAAAUAUGAUCUAAAAUUUCAAGUUAAACACAAAAAUAAUUUUUAUAUUUUUUUGAAUUUUUCUUUUUUCAUAUUCACCCUAAAAGUUCUACUUAUUUACAAAAAUAGUAUAACUUUUUUUUCAAAAAUAAAUCUUUUACCUUAUCAUCCUCAUAUUCACUAAGCAUUACAAUAUUGUCAUUUCCAUCAAUACACUAACCACCAUGAACAACCAAUUCGAAGCUAAUGCACCAAAGUUUCGAUUUUUACUCUUCAUAUCUCAUUACAUAUGCACACAAAUCACAUCUCUUUCACUCUCUCUUCAAAUUCAUCCAGAAAACUAAGAUUUGAUUCCAAGCUUUGUAAGGUUCAUAGAGACAUUGAAGCUUAUGAUUCGUGGUCAUUAACGACUUGGUAGCUUUUGUAGUGAAGUUUUGGGUGCUUGGAGAAGCUAAGCAAGAAGCAAGUCAUCUCAAAUGUUCAAGGGUUCAUUUUGCAAUUGUCGCAAGUUUUCUCAUUGCCGUAAAAAGUCUGCAUGGGUUACUUUUGCAAUUGAAAAAUAAUAGUAAAACAUUUAAAUUUAAUGAGUAGACUUCUUGAAUCUUACUAUUAUUUCUCAAAUUUUAUUCUGGGUUUUGGUCAAACCUUUGGUAACAAGAGAAGACUUCCAUAGAAUUCUUAGAUAAUUCUUCUUUGGAAAAGUCAAAUAUAGUCAAUUGCAAAAGUAUUUCAGGUAGACUUCUUGCGACAUUGAGAAGACUUUCAGAAGACUUCUCGGGAAGUCAUCUAUAAAAGGUCAAAUUUUUGAAAAAAAAAAUCGGUCAAUUGCAAAACUAACAUGUUUAUCCGAGAAGACUUCUCAAGAAGUCUUCUCUGGCAUUUUCGAGAAUUUUUCAAAUUCAAAAGUAAGCCAAUAUUUACAAAUGAAUACUUCUCAAGAUGUCUUAUAUAGAGUAGACUUCUUAAGAAGUCUUCAUUCCUAAAUUUUCAAUUGGAAAAAUGACAUAAAUAGAAGACUUUUUAAGAAGUCUUCUCGGUGAAGACUUUCGUAAAACAUAAAUAUAAGUCUUAAGAAAUCUUCUACGUUAAUGUUUAAUAAACUUUCAUUUUAUCUACAAUUAAAAUGAUUUUGAAAUAUUUCUUAUUAAUUCAUGUGUAUUAGUCAAUAUUAGGGCUCAUGGAUGAAAUUCAUAACUUAUUUGGUGAUAAUUAUGAAAUUUCAAAUAUUUGUGUUUACAAAUGUUCCUAGCUAAUCCGAGAAGUCUUCUCAUAGAAGACUUCUCCAAAAGUCUUCUACGUUAGAUUUUCAAGAGUGUUAAGUAACUUUAAGGUAUGUUUUUAACUUUCAAAAGUGUUAAGUAUCUUAAAGAAUAUCAAGUCAUGUAGUUUAAUGUGUCUUUUUAUAUCAUAAGAUAUAAUUUUUAACUUACAUGAGAUUUAAAAUUUGAACUUUCACUUAAAAUUCAAAUUUGAUCUUUUGUGAAGUUGACUAAAUUUUCUUAUGAAGUCUUAUCUCUUAGUUUUAGUAGAUUUGACUUAGUUUUGCGUUGUUGUGUGUUUGUUAUAAGUGGGUAGAAUGGUUAAAAAAAAUUUACAAUAACUUCAAUAAUUUCAAUUACUUUUCGCAAAACAUAAACAUAUUUACCAAAUUCUUUUGAUUAACAUUUUUUUCAAAUUUACAAAAAAAUUUAAAACUAAAAUAGUACACAUACAAAUUAUAAAACAGAUCAUAAACAAAACUAUUACACAUGGAGCUAGAUAUCAUACCUCAACAUAGAUAGGCUUGGACUCCACUUGACAUCAUUCUUUUGUACCACUUUGGGCAGAAGACUUUGGAAGAAUUCACGAAGACUUCGUGGGAAGUAUUCUAGCAUAAAAUAUAUUAGAAGAAUUUUCAAUAAGUCUUCCAAGAGUCUUCCGAGAGUCUUUCAAGAGUCUUCUCAGAAAUCUUUCAAAAUCUGAUUCAGAUCUGAAAAAAUCUACAUAUUCAAAAGCAUUCAAAUGACUUCAAAACAGAGAAAACUCCAAAAAUAUUUUUUUAUGCAUAAAUAAUUAACAAAACAAUCACAUUACGUUGAAAUCUAUAAAUUUUUAAAAUCUAAUAUAUACAACACACAAAUACAUAUCCAAAAUUUGAACCACUUUGGACAUAAAACUUUGCAAGACUUCAUGAAGACUUCGUGGAAAGUCUUCUAGCAUAAAAUGCAUUAGAUGACUUACCUAGAAGUCUUCCGAGGAGUCUCCAAGAGUUUUCUGAGAUGUCUUUCAAAGUCAGUCUCAGAUCAAAAAAACCUGCAAAUUCAAAACACAUUCAAAUGACUUCAAAACAGAGAAAAACUUCAAAAAUAUAAUUUUAUGCUUAAAUAAAAAGCAAAAUAUCCACAUUAGGCUGAAUCUAUAGCUUUUUAGAAUCUAAUAUAUAAACCACACAAUAAUACAUAUUCAAAAUUUAUAGAUCUACUUUUAAAGGAGUGAAAGAUGAGAACCAUGUAAUGAAAACCUGCAAAAAAAAAAAAUUAAUGAGAAGACAUAAGAAAAAAAAUGAGAAAUGGAUUUAAAAGUUUGGUGUUUUGAUGUUCAAAGAGAUUAGAGAGAGGUUUGAGAGUCUUAGAGUGAGAAACAUUAUGUUUUUGUUGCAGCCAUUUGAGAGGAAGAAAAAAAUGUGUAAAUUUUCUUUAUAUAUAGAGACAAAAAUUCUAAUCAGGUUAAAUAUUUUUGAUACAAAAGGGAAGUCUUCUAGACCAUAUAUCAAAUACACGAGAAGACUUCGUUUUAGGCGGAAAACCUAAAUUCUACUAAAAUAUUCUAGAAGUUUUCUAAACCAUAACCUAAUCGAAUAACUAACUAAAUAGGAAAUAACAAUUCAUUAAACUUAAAAUUAACUUAUAAAGUGUUUAAUAUACGCAAAACUAAACACAUGCAUGUAAAAAAAUUAAGUUAAGAUUCCAAAAUCUAACCCUAAAUACAAACAAUAUUAAAAUAUAUGUUACUAAACCCUAAACCAAAAUCUUCUUGGAGUCUUCCAGACCCUAUAAUCAAAUAACUAAGCAAACAAGACUUCCUUAAACUUAAAAAAAACAUUAAAAGUGUUUAAAUCAAGUUAUUAAAUAGUCACUAAACACAUAUAUGUCAAACCUAAAAAAAAUGAUAAUAUUUCAAAAUCUAACCCUAAAAAUAUCAACAAUACUAUAACAUAUGUUACUAAACCCUAAACCAAAGGCUAUCAUGACUCAAUCUACAUUCACUCAUUUAUGUUAAAAAUAAUUUAAUUUUGUAAAACUAAAUUUUCAUCAUUUAGAAAUGUUUAUUAUACAUGAUUUCGAUUUUUCGUCUUUCAAAAUAUUUUUUAAUAUAUUUUUUAAUUAUUAUUAAGAUCUAAUACAUGAGAAGACUUUCCCUACAACACUUCUAGACCACUUCUGGAAGACUUUGAUUUAUGCGGGAAACCUAAAUUAUUCUAAAAUUUAGGCGGGAACCCUAAAUUCUACUAAAAUUUAGGCGGAAUAUGUUAGAAGAUUUCUCAAGAAGUCUUUUGUGAGUUUUCAAGACCCUAUAAUCAAAUAACUAAACAAAAAACACUUUCUUAAACUUUUAAGAUACUUAGAAAGUGUUUAAAUCAAGUUAUUAGAUAGAACAUCCCCUCAGAAAGUUGCUUACAUAGUUGUUUUUUGUAUUUUCACCUAGGAUCUGGUCCGUUUCUUCUGCUCGUGGGGAGGAGGUUCGGUUUGACUCUCCUAGGUCGUCGAUGGGUCUCUCCUUCCGGACUAGAGUGUCAUUUGGCUUGGGCUGGAGUUUCUUAAUUAGUUCUCGUCAUUCUCGUCGGGCACUCGUUCUCCUUUUCUAGCCAGAGUGUGUGUCGGUGGGUCUCUCUACCACGACAACGUGCCUUGUGCUUUGAGUUCGCAGGUGAGUUGGUUCUCGAGUACAGUCAAGGCUAGUGUAGGUCUAGCUUGUGGUUCAAAGGGCGGUUGUCUGUGCCUCCUCAGUGGCCUCCUGCUCUGCCUCUUCACUUUGAAUCCUCUCUUCCCGAGUCCAUGGCUUGUCCAUUCUCUGGAGGCGUAUGUUCUUCGGUUAGGUAUGUGCUCUGGUCUUUAUAAAGUCCUUGCUGUUGCUAGCGGCAAAUUGUUUCAGCACUGGAGUUAGCUAGUUGGUUCUCAAAGGCUUCAAGCGUGCAAGUGGUUCUCGUGUCUUUGACUGCUUGCUUUGAGCGCUUGGUUUUCGCUCACAUCCCAGCAUCACUGAGGUUCGCUUGAGCAUUGGUGGUGGUGUGCGGCUUCAUUUUAAUGCAGGUUUGGGGCUACUGGCCAGGGAGUGCGGAGGUUGCAGCCUGUUUUUGCUUGGUCUGGCAUUGUGUAAAUGCUGGUUCCGAGUCAAAUAAUUGCUUGUUCUAGCUGGUGUUGGUGUUCUUGGCCUCUACCUUUACAGUUUGUUCAUGUGGGUGUGUACUAGGAGGUACUCCGCGAGCUGUUCUCGGCUAAGCCAAUAUCUUUAAGAGCAGUUGCAUCGGAGAAGUCAAAAUUACUGGGCUCUGACUUUCAGUUCAAUUUGGUUCAGUCUUUUGCGGCAAGCGGUAGGUACCAAACUGGUAGUGUUUUUGGAUUGUUGUUUUGGUGUGUUGUGUCAUGCUCCGGUUUAGGCUAGAUUGAGUUUUGUUUAGAUUUUGUUUUUUUUUCUGCUUUCUGUUAAUCUUUGUAUAUCUGUCAAAAAUUAAAAAAUUUGGUAAUAAUAUUUUUACUUUUUUACAAAAAAAAAGAAAGAAAGAGAAUUUAUAACGAAGAUAUGGUGGGCCAAAAAUAUAAUUGAAAAUGAACGGAAAACAAUAAUAAAAGAACGUUCGUGAAGCAAAUGAAAAACGCGUCAAUAAUAUAUUUAAGACGGGUGACAUAGUGAGCAUUCAUAAUAUUAUUAUUUUAUUAGAAAUAUAGGCCACCAAUAAGAAUUCGUUGUCCCAUUUAAUGAGUAAAAUAACAAGAAUAAUCCAAAACAUGGUAUUUUCUAGUUUAACAUCCUACAUUUUAUUACCCUAAAUAAGCUAUAACAAUGAUCUGUUAUGCAUCCUUUACCAAUGGACACUAUGAGUCCAUGAGGAGGAUUUGUUACAUUUUUGUUUUCGUUUUUGUUUCUUUUAUAGCAAUAUAUGUCCACAUGCAAUGGAGCUUAUCUUCGGAUAAAUAACAAUAUACGUUCACGUUCAAUUUAUGGGUAAAUAAUAAUUUAAGACAACAAUUAGCGUACUAUAACAUAUUUUUUUGUAAUCAAAUCAGUUUUGUGAUUUUGUUUUAUCGCCAUACCAUAAUACCCUGCGAAUACAAACGUACACAGAGCUAGUCUUUUACGUGCGUGUGCGUGGACGAUUAAGUUUUUUAACACAUCAUCAUACCAAGACUUGUUAAACCACUAAUUGUUUAACAGGAAAAGAAUUAGAUAUUUAAUUUGACAUUUUACCCCAAAAAAAAAGGAAUUAGAUAUUUGUUUUUAUGUAAAGAAAGAACAAAUUUGGAGAAGAGAAAGGUCCAAAGGCAUGGCUAAGAAAACAAAACCAUGGACACCCUGUCCUCAAUUUGAUGACAAGUCUCUCUCGUUUGGUCACAACUCACAACUCAUAUAAACGGCAACGUUUCAUUCCUAUAUAAUUUUCCUUGCUCUCCUCUUAUCUCUACUCAACACCACUCAAUUCAUCUUUCUCUUCCCUUGUUUGAUAUAAAAACCAACACACCCUUAAUCUUUUUUUCAUCUUCAUCUUAAUCCAAAUACAUAGAGAUAUACAUAUAUAGUUUCCUUUUUAUAUAUGGCAAUUGUAUCCUCCACAACAAGCACCAUGACCAUGAGUAACCAAGUCAACAACAACAGUGAUAAAGGAAUAGAAGAAGAUGCUCAUAGACACGAGAAUCAUGCCCAAAAUGAUGAUGAAGCUGAUGAUCAUGAUCAUGACAUGGUCAUGCCUGGAUUCCGAUUCCAUCCCACAGAAGAAGAACUCAUAGAAUUUUAUCUUCGCCGUAAAGUCGAAGGCAAACGCUUCAAUGUAGAACUCAUCACAUUCCUCGAUCUUUAUCGCUAUGAUCCUUGGGAACUUCCGGCGAUGGCGGCUAUAGGAGAGAAAGAGUGGUACUUCUAUGUGCCAAGAGAUCGAAAGUAUAGAAAUGGAGAUAGACCAAACCGAGUAACGACUUCUGGGUAUUGGAAAGCUACUGGAGCUGAUCGGAUGAUCAGAUCAGAGAGCGCUCGGUCUAUCGGGUUAAAGAAAACCCUAGUCUUCUACUCCGGUAAAGCCCCUAAAGGCACUCGUACCAGUUGGAUUAUGAAUGAGUAUCGUCUCCCUCACCAUGAAACCGAGAAAUACCAAAAGGCUGAAAUAUCAUUGUGCCGAGUGUACAAAAGGCCAGGAGUAGAAGAUCAUCUAUCCUUACCACGCUCUCUAUCCACAAGACAUCAUAAUCAUACCUCAUCAUCUUCCCGCUUGGCCUUAAGACAACAACAACAACACCACUCAUCAUCAUCCAAUCAUUCAGACAACAACCUUAACAACAACAACAAUCCUGAGAAGCUCUCAACCGAAUAUUCUGGCGACGGUAGCACCAUAACCACCACAAACAGUAAUUCUGACGUCACUAUAGCUUUAGCCAAUCAAAACACUUAUCGUCCAAUGCCUUAUGGUGUAAGCAACACGCCAAUGAUCUCUACAAGUAAUAAAGAAGAUGAUGAAAACGCAAUUGUUGAUGAUCUUCAAAGACUCGUUAACUACCAAAUAUCUGAUGGAGGUAGUAACAUCAAUCACCAAUACUAUCAAAUCGCUCAACAGUUUCAUAAUCAACAAGAGCUAAAUGCAAACGCGUUGCAAUUGGUGGCGGGGGCAACUACAGUGGCGCUAACGCCUCAAACGCAGGCGGCAUUAGCGAUGAACAUGAUCACUGCAGGGACGAUUCCAAACAGUGCUUUGUGGGAUCUAUGGAAUCCACUAGUACCGGAUGGAAACAGAGAUCAUUAUACUGAUACUCUUUUCAAGGAAUUUAAUUAGAUCUUGAAAUAGUUAUAUUUCUCUAUUAUAUACUGAUUAUUUAUUUCAAAAAGUUAGUUAUAGCUAGAACAUGAUUGAUUAUUGCAAUUUAUGUAACGGACCUGAUUUUUUACGUAUGUAUCCUUUUCGACGAAAUUUGAAUUUAUUAACUUGAAAAUUUA